CCUUGAGGUCCGGUAGCGGUUUCAACCCAUCGCGUCAUCAGUCUAUAACAUGUGUUCACGGAGUUCCUGAUGGAUUAUUAAUCACAGAACAGCUGUAGUAUGGGUAAUGAAGACAUGAUUAAAAUAAAUAACCAUGGAUCACGUUUGGUUUUGUGAAUACUGCUCCUCAGCUGAAGGGAAUGAAAGUAGAAAGCUUUUCUCAACACAGAGAGACUUCGUUAAUCAUAUCCGAGCUCACCAUUUAGUUCGCAAGUCUAGAAAUGAUGUGGAAACGUUUAUCUGCCGGUAUGGCCCGAAUAAUUCGUGUCUUCUAUCCAGUGGUCUAGAUAGUGUUGAGAAGAGUCAUUCAUCUCGUGAUUCCUUAUUUAAAAGUCAGCGUGACUAUGAAAGACAUUUAGUUGGGUUUCAUCUUCUAAAACAUCCUGUAUACAAACAUCCAGAUGUAAAAUCUCCGCUUCCAAUACCUCCCAUUUCUUCCCACUAUAAUGAGGAACCAUCACGCAAAUGGAGUGUAUACCAAUCAGUUGUGAAUUUACCAGCUGUUUUAAAUGAUCCAAAUUAUCGUGAGAAAGAUAUAUUUACAAAAUUAUGGGGUGAUAAAUUUGAAAAUGCUGAAGUUCUACCCAGUCCACAUCUACCAGUAAUUACAGAGAAACAUUUUAUAGAAUAUUUAAACAAAAUUGGGGUUCGUAAACUCGAUACAGAGUCUUGUAGAUCAUCGCCUAAUUGUCAAAUUAAUUCAUCUAAUUCAAUCACUGAUAUUUCUCUAUCAGUGAAAUUAUGCAAUAAAGUUUUAAAACAUGAACCAUCGCAUGAUAUAUCAACGACUUCCAUUCCCGCUUUAUACUUUGAUCAAAAUUUCAAUUUGAAAGAUGAAAAGACGUUUUGUCAAGUUAUACCUUUACACGUCCGUCGUUCUCACUUUCAAAAUGUUCGAAACCCAUUUGAAAAUAUCGUUUUCCCAUCAAGUAAACCAGAUUCUGUAAAUAUUCCAAAUCGAUUAAACUAUCCCAAUGAAGAAUUCCUGCAAAAAGAAGCUUUCCGCAAUCAGCAUAAUCAAUUGGUUAAUUAUUUGGAUAUUAUUGAGUUAAAUAUAGUUGAACAGGUUUCCAGAAAAUCUUCAACAUUCUUUGAAGCUAUCCAGUGUCAUGAUGUGAUACGUGAAGAUUUAAGUCAAGCUAUUCGUCAAAUUAAAGAUUUUCGACGUAAAUUGCAUCAAAUUAAUACAUUGACUAUAAUUGACAAGAUGAAAUUGUUACGUGUUGUUAGAAGACGGGAAAACUAUCGACUGGUUGUUAAUAAGUUAAAAUUAAUCGCGAGUCUUCAAGCUACACAACCUACUAUUCAAACUCUAUUGAGAAAUAAUGAUUUUUGUGCUGCCCUGGAUUUAGUGAGCACUACAAAAGAAUUAUUACAUUCACAUUUGAUGGUGAACUCAACUUCCAGUGAUUUAUCAUCAGAUAAUGUGAUGGACCAGCCUGGUAAUAGAAAUUUAACAUCUAGGUUGAAGAAGAAUUCAACUACAUUUCUUUGUCUACGUGAUUUUGAUGCUCAACUAAGUGGCAUUUCUAAUUUCGUACAUAAAAUGGUCGAAUCAGAAUUUGACAUUUCAUUGUGUCGAUUUUUGGAUCCACCCAUUGAAGAAUAUGGUGGAUUCCAUGACCCAGAUGUAUGUUUGAUGUUCUUUUACCAAGUUGAAAUAUUUAAUGAAGUACAUUAUUUUUUUUUUGAAAAGCUAUUAGUUCCACACGAAUUCAUCAAAUCUUCACGAUUUUUCUUAACUAUUUUUUAUUACUCUGUGUAGUUUUUAAUUUAGAUAAUGGUCUACACUGAAUUCUGAGUUAAUUCAACUCAUUUAUUAAGUACAAGUUUACAUCCAGCUUUAAAGUACACAUUUUCUGUAUGGUUAUUUAUGAUACCCAGGCAUCGAUAUUGAAGUAGUCAGGGCAGGGUUCAAACGUACUGCCUAAUGGCUCAUUCAUGAUUGCUCCAACCACAAAUCGUCCCAAAGAGUAAAUACUAGUUUCUUGAUAAAUCGGUGUCAUUUAUUGGUAUAAAUAAUUCACAUUAUUUACAUUUGUUUGUAAAUCUCAAAACAGUUGUUAUUAGAUACUUUAGUGUUAUCAACCAGUUGGCCUGCGUCAACACGCGUCGACAACUUCACUUAUCCUGGAAGUCUGUUCAGCCCUAACAAGUUGGUGUCUGAUGAAAUCUGUGCACGGAUUCACAAAGUUCGUUUGGCUUUUGCUAACUUACAUCACCUAUGGCGAAGCUGAGAUAUCCAUCUAUAAAUAUCAAUCACGAGUACGGCUGCGAAACGGGUACAUUAAGAGUAGAAGAUACUCAUUUUAUCGUGUUUUCUUGGUUUAAUACGAAUUAAUCGGUUGGAUUUUGUGAGUGGUUUUCAUGCAGAAAUGCUCAAAAGAGUUAAAGAUAUAUUCUGUCAACAUAUCACUUCAGUUACACGACCUCCAGGAAAUGAUAGUGUUACAGAUUCUUCUACAACAAUAGGAUCUAAUGCAACUAAAUUAUCUACUUCUGAUCAACUGCGUAAUAUGCCAUGUGAAAAUUGGAUGACGUUUUUAGUUAAUCUAUGCAAUGACAUAAAAUAUUUACUAAUUCGUGGACAAGACGUUGUGGAUAUAUUCGAAAAUAACCUCUGUUCUAAUCAUCAGUCAAAUGAAACGGUUGAAAAUAGUACUGUUAUUUUGUCUACUAAUCAACCUUUAACUACAAUUAGUGUGCAUAAAGCGAAAGAACUUGCUAAAUGUAUGCAUAAAACUUUAUGGAAUACAGCUAAUAUAUCCCAGAAACGUUUAUGUUCAAUUGUUUCAUCUCGAUUUCGUCUUGGGUCUAUUCAAUUAAUGGAACCAAAGUUGAUGACAUCAACAGCAUUGUCUUCAACUGUUGAUUUAUCAGUGAAUUCACCAAAUCUACAACAAAGACAUUUGUCUACAACUUCAAUAAUGGAUAUUCCAUGUGCAACAGUGUUUAGUGAAUAUGUAUUUGAUAAAUUUACUUGGAGUAAUUUUAGAGAACUAGUCAAAAUACUGAGUAUUUUCCAGGUAUAUGUUCUUCGAGCAUGGUUGAAAUUUUCUGAUAUUCCAAUUAAAGCAAUAAUUUGUCAUCAAUCGAAUGAUUCAGAAAAUUGUUUACAACCGAAUGUACAUUCUUUUAAUAAAUCAAAGUCUUGUGUUAAAAAAUCAACGAUUCCUUUAAAUCAAAAAACUUCAAAUGAUGUUAUCCCCUCUUCCAUUAUUAGUUCUAACACUAAUGAUUGUAUAUCUAAUAACCAAUACAUAUUUAAUAUUCAAUCCGAUUUAAUCUUACGUGAUCUUGUACUUGAUAUGAUUAUACUUAUAAUUGACCGAUUUCAUCGUGAAAAUUAUGAUAAAAUAAAUAUGUUAUUGGAUCAAGAAAGAUGGCAAGCAGCUAUUUGUCCAGAACAAGUUCAACAAAUGAUUAAUGAUAUAUCCAUAGAAGUAGGACAUUGUAAAAUGAAGAGUUCACAGCUGACCAACGAACAUUCUCCUUGUACACCGAAUCAUAAUAAUUUGAUUCAGUCAACAGAUAGUGUGGUCUCUACAUCCAAUUAUGUUUUUCUAAAAAAUGAAGAGUAUACUGUAGUUCGUACAGUUAUACUGUUGUUGCCAAUAAUUAAUGAUUAUGUAAAAUUAGAUGAAAAAUUACCUGGUCAACCGUUAACUACUGAAUUCGUUUCAGAUCGUUUAGCCGAUCUACUUAAUCAUUUCAAUUCCCGUGUUUGUCAACUUGUACUUGGUGCUGAGGCAUGUAAACGGGUCGAUCUACAACGUAUAUCUGCUAAAAAUCUUGCCUUGACCCUGCGUAGUCUACAAUUGGUUGUGCAAUUUUUACCAUGUAUACAAUUCUUGUUAAACAGAAUAUCUAAAACGGAGUUUAAUAAAUCAUCACCAACUAGUGUCGAUAACCUUCUUAUUGCUUCAUUAUAUCAUUCUAACAGUCAAGGGAUAAAUCGAAUAACAUUAAAUGGUCUAGAUCAUAUUGAAAAACUAUUUAAUGAACAUAUUGAAAGUAUUUUACAAAAACUUGUUCAAUUAUUAUCGGAUCCAAUUGGUCCAAUGUUUUCUAAUUGGUAUGGUCGUCCUCCGAUACCAAGUAAACAAAUGGAUGAAUUAUGUCGUAAUUUAUCGAAAUUAAUCGGAAUGACUAAAAAUGUAUUACCUGCUAAAACACUUACGGUAAGUUUAAAAGAAUGAAGUUAUUUUCUUUUGUAAACAAAUAAACUAAACUCGAAUUUUGUUAUUCGUAUUUAAUGUUUUUAUAUCUUAGACAAUAAUCAUUAUAUUAUACUAUUUUUAUCAGUAUGGAAAUUUGUGAAGAUUGUUGAAUAUUAUUUCUACAGUUGAUAAUUAUCAUGUUAUCACUAGUUACUAACUUUAAAAGUAAGUUGUGUCCAGUGGAGUUUAAUGGUGUCGUGCUUGAGGCAGUUACCUGUUAUAUCCGAGCAAAGAUUAAAUCACGAGUAACUUCUGAGAUAUAUUAAUUGACUAAUAUUAUCUAUACAUUCUUAUGGUAUAACUAUUCAAUAAUUCGAUUAUGUAUAUUUAUAUUCCUCUUAUUAUAAGCUUCAUUUUGACCCAUAAUUUAUUAUUGUACGAUUUACUGUUCUUAAGCUAUGUUCAGUUUAUUGACUACUGCCUCUCAAGUUCACAGUCACUUUUUGGCUUUAUUGUGUACAAAUGUUAUUUCUUAUUUUAUGGUCCGUUGCGUUCUCUUUGAUUGAUAUAUAAACCCAGUAUGUCUGUAACAUAUGAUUCGAUUCGAUUCGCAUAUUGGAAGCUGGUAUUAGUGUUCUGGACUCAAGUGGACGGGCUAGGUGGACAUAGGACCAAUAAGGACGCUAGACUACCCAUACCGAUUGAAUGUCAUUAGUUUGGCACAGUGCGAAGAUUGUAUAAGUCGUAUUUUGAUUGGUGGAUAAAUCGCGUGGUAAAAGCCGGACAUAAAGUCAUAACAUUACCGUAACAUUAUUACUGAGUUAAAUUAGGAUUUAUCCAUAUUUUGAGUUUCUAUCAAACUGAUACAGAAGAAUAUUGAUCCAUUGUUUUUUACUGGUUUCUCCUCAGAUGUUUACAACCCUACUCUUAUAGCAUAAUAUUGUUUAGUUGUUGUGACUCGAACUUGGAUCGAUUUAUACCCCGUGUUAAUUGUUGUGUCCUUGACUGAAAGAUUAGAGAGCAGUGUACUAUCGAUCGGACCAAAGACGCCUAAAGCACGUAAGAACGACCUACAGUUCUGACUGGCCCUGCUUCCCUGUCUAGCCCAGUCAGUUGAGUCCAGAACACAAGUCACAGCCUCUGAGAUAUGAAUCAUUAUAUUUCAGACAUACUCUAUUUAUAUACCAACCAACCAGACCACAUCGUAUCAUAAAAUAGAAAACAACAUUUGUACAAUAUUUGACAAGUGAAAUAAAUAUCGACCAAUAGGGAAUGUCCAUUUAACGUCCAAGGACACCAUUAGACUUAACACGAUAAUUAUUGGUAUAUUUUUCCGAACAUCCUAACAUUAGUAAAUAUAAAUGAUUGAAAAAUUGGAAGGAAAACGAUUACAGUGUUAUAUACAUGCUUAUUUAUAUACAUGUAUUCGUUGUCAUUCGAAUUCUAUCAAAUUAUAAUGUAUAGCAACAAUUAUCUAGUUCCAUUGGUGUUAUAAUUUGUUCUACACGUGACAUACAAUAGAGUUUUGUUGAUUUACAACCUAUCAAAUCAAACUUCAAGGAAUUUAUCCUAAACUUGUUCACUACAGUUUUUGUUGGUACAAUAUUUCUAUAUAAUUGAUUUCUGAAUGGGAAUAGGCAUUGGCACAAUAUAUUCCAGUAUCAAGAAUUUAAUACAACACUGUCUUUGAUUUACAAUUCCAUAUCUUAUUGUUAUUACUGUUUUUUCUAUAUGCUUUACAUUUUCCGUUUCUCUCUCCCUCUAUCUUUGUAUAUGCAUUUAUGAAUAUGAACUGAUUUGUUACUUCUAAUAUAUUUUUUUUAUUUAGGAAAAAUGAAUAGCUUAUCUCUUUCAAUUUAUGUCUUCAUCAGCGUACCUAUUCUUUCGUUCUGGUGAUAUGUGAUAUUAUCGUCAUACAGUUAUUCUUUUUACUAAAUUACUUUAAUAAUGAUGAUAACGUCGGUGAAGAUCUUUCCGCCUUUUAGUAAAUAGAUUAAUCAUUGCUAUCGGUUUCAUAAUGUUCAGCCUGAUAGAACAUUGAGUCCAUUUCAUGUUGUAUUAAUUUAUCAGUGUUCAUUUCUCAUUUAUUCAUUUGAAUUUAUUAGAAUUUAAUUGAAAUACAUCUUAAUUCUGUUUUGUGGACAUUAAUCAUGAUUGUUUUCUCAUUUCUAAAUAAAUUGACAUUUGGAGGGAGGGAUUCAUUGUUACUCAUUAUGCAUAGUACAUAUGCAUUACAAUUUUGUCGAAUAUCGAAAUCCAUUAUACUCAAUCAACUUUCUUUUUUUUUAAAAAAAAAAUAAACAAAGCUACAUCUUUAAUUGUUUAAAUCAAAUGACUUGAUGUCGACCAUCACUUUUAAAUCUAUGAAAUUAAAUGUUAUAGUUAUGUAACUUGUAAACUGUAGUACAUUUCAGUUCAAUGUAGUAUAAAUUGAAUUGUUUGUGAUAAGUUGAAACGUCUUAUUUAUUCUAUUGAAAAUAUCAAAAUGUUUUCUGUCCUGAAUUUAAAAUUAAUUUUAUGCAUAUAGUCUAUAUGAUAAUGUUCCCAGUUGAUGAAUUGUUUACCAUUUUCUUUCUAUCUCUCAAACAAUCCACUACAUAUUUUACUUAUUGGUAUUUUGUAACGUUUUUAAAUUUAUUUUUUCUAAUUUUAUGAUUUGAUUACCUUUCUAUUGACAUCGUGUUACUUACUAUAUUUGAUGAGAACUGAAUACUACAGUCAGUCGUAGAUUACAUUUUCGCACACGUGUUCAGAUUAGCUCUUAUUUGUUGUUGCUAGCGGUAUUUUUCAAUCGAAUUCUAUCCGUAAAAGAAGCAUUGUCUUAGUAGAGGGUUAAGUCAGUGAGUAUAACGUGUACAUUAGGAAUCUGUUUUAAAUCACUUGAAUCACACAAACGAUUACAGCCUCCAUUAUCAAAUAAUCAUACUUUCUGUUGUCAAAAAACCCAGCUAAAACUUAAAUUUUCACUCUAUCACUAAGUUUUCUUUACACAUUAGUAUAGUUUCAUUAGCUAGUUAGUUGUGCAUUAGUAAUCACAAACUAAGUCAAUCAGCUACAACGUAAGACCAGGCAAAUGAAUGCAUCGGUUCAAGUUGCCACACCUCAUUAGUACAACAACAUGAACACCAAAUUCAUAGAAGUAGUUACCUUAGUAGUAGUAAUAUAUUAAAGAAAGAUUGAGUGUAAGGAUAUCAUACAGAGAGAAAGAAUUAGUUCGUAGAAAGAAAAAUAUAAAACAAUUUUAAUCUCACGGUUUAAAGGAAAACAAAGAGUGUAUACACCGAUGUCAUUGUGAUCGAUUCUGACAAACUAACUAUUUCCACUGUUAUAAGCAAAUGUAAGUUUAUAUUAUUUAACCUUGCUUCAUAUCUAUUGUGUUAGAGUUAAUGAGAUAAUCUAAUAAUUCCGGAUUAUGGUAGGUGAAAUCCAAGCACCAUUAUAUUUGUAUGCAUACUUGAAUUAUGUCGUCUUUUUUUCUCCAUUGAAUAAGCGUCUUGAGGUUACUCAUUUUGUCUAUUCGAAGUUGUAGAUGUUAAAUUGUAUUUGUAUUAUUAUAUUGUCUUCCUAUUUCUUCAUUGCUUAUCAUUGUGUGUGUGUUCUUUUCUAUCAAUUCAACAUGUACUAGUCUAUCCUAUUGCGUGUUCAUAAUGAAUUAAAGGUGCAGUUACGUCAUCGUAUUAGUGAACUUGGUAUUGUUGCUGAUGGUGGACCUCAACAAAGGUAAGUCACUGAUCUUUUUUUAUAUUUCAAAAUCACUAUAAUCUCACUUUAAUUACAUUUUCUUAUAUCAUGCCCCAUGUUUAUCCAUCGUCUGAAGUAUAGCUUGAAUUACAAUAGUUCUGUAUUUAGAAGCCAAAAUAAUUUAAAAACAUAUAGUUUUGUAAUCCUUGUUCUUUUAUGUGGAGAUUUUUGUGGAUAUUUGAAUUUUUACUAAAGAAUAAAAUCAUUUGAAGGAUCCUUGGGAAUUACGAAACACUCCUCAGUUAUUUCAUCCUUUUAUGAAAUUUCUUAGCACUAAAUACCGUUUACGUACUGUAUAUUGGAAAAUAUUGACAAUCUUCAACAAUCCAAGCAAGCGGUUUUAGUCAAAAUCUAAUAACUUACAUUUCCAACCUCAAUCAAUUCUAUGUUCUAGUACAGAUUGUUUUCCAAUUUCAUCACUAAGCCAAAUCAUCUCUCAGUCGUCAUGUAACCUCAUUCUAUCGUUUGGCGAGAAAUCUUAAAAGCCUUUGUAAUGUAACCCUUAUAAAUCAAAGGUCAAUUAAUUCCGUCGUAUCGAUCCGAUUAAUAUGGAGACAAUUCAUCUCAUGAAAUGAUUGUCGAUUAAAUGAGUCGUUUAUUCCAUCCAGUACAAUUUCUUGAUUCCCAACACCUGAUUUGAUUGCAGUUCAUAUCAAGAGCUUUGUGAAGGUGUAUUUCGUUUUGAUAUCUUGAAAAAACUUCUAAAAAUAGAGUUCUUACCACUUUUAUUGUUGUAAGAAUUCAUUAGAACAUACUGUACAUAAAUUCUUUCCCGUUAUAAUGACUGAAAUCGGUUUAUUCGAAUAAGCGAACGGUUAUUAUCCUGAGUGAAGUUCUGCUCUGACGAGUCCAAAAUAGAACGGAACGCGCGUUCUGGAUUCUCUUGCUAGCCACUAUCCACAUCUGUUUGUAUUAGUUAUUUUUAUAUUGUUGAAAUGUUGACUGUUUUUUUUUGUUUAUUUUAGAUAACUUUUUAUGUAGAAAGUAGAUUGAUGAAACAACCGGAAGUAAACAUCUUAAUUUUAGCCAAACAUAUUUUUUUCUCUUGACACAGUGUUUAUCGGCAGGUUAAAUAAAAUUAUGGUUUAUAUGUGAACAUUCGGUAGUUGAAUUCAUGAGUGAAUUGAAGCUAGAUCACCAUUGAAAACCUGGAAGCACUGGACACCCGUUUCGUCCUAGUAUAUGACUCCUCAGCAUUGUGCAUCCAUUCGUUUAAAUUUAGAUGAUAUUCAAUGUAAAAAUUAUCUUUAAUAUAAUCUAAGCGGUUGAAAUGUAAGUAGUUCAGGCGUUUCAUUCAAUAAGUCAGUCCGAACGUCCUUAGGGAAGUAAUCGUAAUCCAUUUUAUCAAAGAAUGUAUAAGGAUUAAUAGCAAAAUUACACUACGAGUUUGUCCAAUCAUAUUUAUUUUGUACACAGUAAAGUCAUGAGGCAGUCUGAUGUAAAAAUUAAUCACCGGAUAAGGAUUUAAGGGUAUAUGUGUGCGUUUAUCUGCAUGCAGCUGUUAUGUAGGGAGAAGGGCUUUUUAACGUUCACAUUUCUUAUUUCAUCAACCGACUGGAUUAAUAAUAAUAGUUCAAUAUAACUUGUGAGGCAGUUACUCACUGAAGACAGUGGUGGGCGGUUGCCCAAUAUCUUGGAUUGAUGAAAAUUAGAGAUUAACAACGUUAGGUGCCAGCUAAAUGGCCUAGAGAAUAAGCGUUCGCGCGCGAGAUCGAGGGUCCUGGGUUCGAGUCUUUCUUCGUGCGAGAUCAUGGAUGCGCACUGCUGAGGAGUCCCAUACUGGGGCAAGACGACCGUUCGGUGCUACCAGGUGUUUCAAUGGUGGACUAACAUACACCCAUUCAUGAUAUCAAUCUAAACUCAACAAUCUCCGCAAUUCUAUGCAGAUAAUUUAAACAUUUUCCCCCGAUUUAUUUCUUACUGUUUGGCUUCAGAAAUUAGAAAUAAAUUUUUAUCAUAAAUCUUUGAAUAACAGCAACCAGUGGAACCUAGGAUGAGUGUUUCGUCGUGUCUUCGACUCAUCAACUGAAGGUUUACUGCCUUUAUGUUUUUAUUGUUCAUACUCGAGCUUGAAGUCAUUAAUUAUCUCUUCAAAUCUCACUGGUAUUUUAGCUAAACUACUGAGAUUAGAUAAUCACUAAUGUUUGUAACAUGUUCAGUAUGCUAAUAAAAGCGGAUCAACUUCAGUUCUGACUACCAAAUGCCAGAAAACAAAAGUCACUUAUCUAGGCGCUUGUUAUUAUAAGAUCUUGCCAUUUCACUGCUCACAAAGAAAUUUAUUCAUUUUUGUUUUCCAAAUGAGAUGCUAUAUUCGUAUUUCAAAGUAGUGAUCAAAGUCUGUGGAUCGAGAGGAAUAUAGCUACUCAAACUAAAUUGUGUUUAAUAUCAGAUGGGUUUUGUGUAUAUUAUAGUAAUUUCAAUUGUUUAGAUCAUGAGUCAGAUGAAGCUAGACCACGGUAUUAGUGACCAGUGGAGUUCAACCAGGUCUGUUGUGAGAUAGUAACUCACUAAAGACAAUUGUGAAUAUGUCGCUCGAUUUCGUGGAUUAGUUGAAGUAAGACAUGAACACCGUUGGAUGUCGGCUCAGUGGUUAGUGGUUAAGUGCUCGCGCGCGAAACCAGUGCGUCCUGGGUUCGAAUCUCGCAGGGGGCGAGGUCGUGGAUGCGCACUGCUGGGGAGUCCCACAAUAGGGCGAAACGGCCGUCCAAUGCUUCCAGGCUUUCCAUGGUGGUUCAGCUUCAACUGACUCAUGAUCCUAACCAUUCAAAUUAAAUCGUGUUUCUCUAAAGCCACUCAUCGAGAGAAUAUAUUUCGGCUUCAGUGAAUUCCUGGACACCAAACUAAAUUUUUCUUCGAACUAAUAAAGUCUACUUAGUAAUUUUGAAAUAAUAAUACUUCAAGUCACAAUAACUAUUAGGCAUAACGAAUUAAAAAUUCCUACUGAUUUUGAUACAUUUUACUAAAUCAAAUUAGCCGAAGAGAAUACAUUUUGGAAGGUAUUUGAAGAAUGGAGUACUUUUUGAAUUAACCAAAAACUUUAUGAGAUAAAUUUCUAUCAGAAAUGAUGGAUUAUAUAAUUAGUAUUGACCUAAAUGUAUAUGUUGAAUAAUUCUACUACGCUUAUGAUAUGAUAAAAAUAGGUUAUAUUUAAAACAUACUUUAAUAUGUUACAUUUUGGUUAAAACUAUUCACAUUUCAACUAAGAAGUCUCCAGUUCGAAUCCUAUUCCACCAACUAUAGUUUAAUCGGAUACUAUUAAAUUGUUCUUAAAACUCAAAACUAAGUCUAUUCGAUCAAUCAUUUACAGUAAUUAUUCUGCUUAUCAUAUAAUUUCUUCAUAGAAUUAUCAAUGUUCUUUAAAAAAAGAAACUAAUCCCUUCUAUUGUAUACUAUUGAUGUAGUUAGAUGUAAUGUUGGAUUUCCAAUAGUUUUUAGUUUAACAUAAAAUAUUGUUAUCACGAACAUAUUGCGCACAAUAUACACAGUUACAAUUUCAAUGAGUUAGAUUUUAUCCAUUUAUUAUCAUUUUGUACAAUACAACUUAAAACGUCUCAUUGUUAUCUCUUUUUAUAUCAUGAUUAUGUAAAUUUGACAUUUAUGACAUGCGCAUUAAUAUAUUGUUUUUUUGGUAACAACAACAGUAUCAGUAUCGUUCUCAUAUUUACAUUAGAUAUUAAACUAAUAACUAUUGGAAAGAUAUUAUCAUAUCUAAUAUCCCAGGCACUAUGUCUAAAAUGUUUCCGCCAUAAUCCCAUUUCUGCCCUCCCCCCUACAAGAUUCAUAGCUCUACCGAACAUAUAGUUUAUGCUUGUGUUAUGUAUCAAAUUAUCCCGAUUUUCUGUGUUAUUUUUUAAAAUUAUUUCACGUUAAAUAGUGACUAGAUUCAUUUUGAAUUGUAUGUGUUAGUUUGUUUAUUUUAUAUUUAUCUUUUAACUUAUUCACAUCAUUUGAUGACUUAAAUGUUUCUCUAAUGUAUUCUUCUAUUUUCUCUUCUUUCUCCCACUAUCCUUUGUAUUUUAGCUUGAUCGAUUCGGAAAUUCUCCACUAUAUUGAUUAUUUUAAAACACUCACACCACAACUACAAAAAUUCGUUGAUGAUUGUUCUGAUAUCUGGCCAUCAUAAAUAAUAUUGACUGUUCAUUUACAAAAUUCCCAUGCAAGAUGUGGUCUGGUAAAAAAAAAAGAUAAGCCACAAAUACGCUCCUGCCUGUCUAUAUUAGCUAGAAGUAUUUAUUCACCUUGUGUCUUUCAUUAUUUAUAAAUGGAUAUACUUUAUAUUUUGUGAAUAGAUUGUGAGUCUUUCAUUAUUGCGAAUGUUUAUACAUACAAAGAAUGAACUGAUUUCUGUGGUCCUAUCAUUCCAAUAGACAUAUUUAAAUAGAUCAAUUGUGUAUAUGUGUGUGUGUGUACGUGCGCAAAACGUUUCUCCUUCACUCACUUGUGUAUACAUUUUGCUCUAUUCUCUUUACUUUUAUUCUUCUGUUAUUAUCAGUGUUAUUAUGUUUCGCUGUUUCUUUCUGUCUUACUUUAUUCCCCUCUGUUCAUAUUCAAGUUUUUUAAUGAAUAAAUUUUCCACAUUAAACUUAAAUUUUAGUAAUAAUAAUCUCCUUUUUAAAUUAUUAUUAUUACUAUUAGUAGUAGUAGUAAAAUGAGCUUACACAGUAUUCAUUUAUUAUUUAUUAUUGCUUCUAUUGAAGAAUAUGUUGUAUAAUUAUUUUUUUUUGGGGGGGGGGAGGGUGUCAAUUAAAUGUGUGGACAAACGAUAUAGAAGUUUACAAAUUUCUGUAAUAUGUGUUACUAAUUAAUGAAAUUUCUUUUAAAUAUCAGGUAACUUGUCAAUUGAGUUCAUAAAGUUUUGUUAUGCUGUGUUGUUUUCUAAUUCUGUUACUCAUGUAUAUAUAUAGAUGAUUUUCAUUCGACAACCGAGUCAAUAAUAUAUGCAUACUGAAUGUACAUCCUUCUCGCUUAGAAAGUAGAAUCAUAUUUUCGACCAGUAGCAUCUGUUUCUUUCUAGAAAAUGAACUCGAAUCCUGGCCAAUAAUGUAUACUUAUCAUAUAGUCUGUCUGAUUGGUCCAGCUUUUCAUUUUUUCUUAGUCUUUGAGGGGCAUAGUACCAUCCAUGUAAGUAUAGAUUGAAGUUUAUGAGACGACUAUCGUAUUAAAGUUGUGUAGAAUUGAGUUUUGAAUGUUCAUUCUAAUAGUUGAAAAUCAUGAAAUAGUGUGGUGAUUUAUCUGCUGGUUCACUUCAGCUAAAAUUUGACUAAACGUUUAUAACUUUACUUUUUUCAGCUUAUUGUUGUAUAAACAGAAAACACAAUGGAGACGAAUAAAAAAUAUUUGUGUUCUUUUUAAUUUAGUGUAUCAAAUAUUAAUGAAGUUUGGUUCAAUGUUAUAUUUGCUAAUUGCAUUUUUAAAUUGAUCAUUUGCAUCUUUGAAUUCACGUAAUCAAUCCAUGUUUCUACUACACCUAAUUCAUUUAAUUGCAAUUUUAAAAAAUCAAUGAACUAUCCGUACUGAAAUCUGCCUAGCGUCUUGCAGAAUAUGUUAAGCAUGGAAAUGUAGUGAAAGCACCUGGUAACAUAGAUGAAGUUUAAAACAGCACCUCUGGAUAUUCAGCAGAAUAAAUCAAUCGUAGUAACUUUUCUAUGGCACCAUUCUCUAUCAUCCGCUUAGUUAUAGAGUUUACUAAAUUUUAGCAUUUGAUUAUCCAUUAGAUUCAGUUGGGUAGUUGACGCAAACUGGAUUCUAUCAAAUAUAAUUUGUUAGACAUUUUCGCUUCCGAAGGUUAUGCAGAGAACCAUUUUGUGCACAAGUGUUUUUUUACGUUAAAUUCAUAGGGGAAUUCAAUUAAAAGACAUUGUUUAAAAUGCAGAGUAAAUUUUUUAUUAAUUAGGCUAAGCCGGUUGGAUAAUGGUGUGCUACAGUGGCUCUUAUUGAAGGCAUUUUGUCAUCAUCUGCAGUAUUUUUAAAAAAUUGAAACAGAACGUUUUGUAAACUCAUCUUGACUAUCUGUAAGCGCAAUAAUGACCGAAAUUCAGCAGAUAUAUGAACUGUACUUUUGUAUAGUGAGGUCAUUGACGUAAGUAAUGUUUUUCUGGGAAGAUAUCAGUGAUUCAUUCCCCCAAAAAAUAGUUGGAACUGCAGAAAGAAAAUGUCAGUAGUAUGUUGAAUACUGCUUCAUUAUUUCAAAGAGAAAUAGAUCAGGAUAAAAUUGAGAGUUAUUUUAUUUGUGUUUUUAAAAAUAUAUUUACCAGCAAUAGUGAAUUUAGGAAAAUCUGUAAGGAAAUAUUUAACCUCAAAAAUUAAGAGUCUAGAAAUAUAAAUUUCUUCUUGACAGCAUUAUCCUGAUGUUAAAGUGAAAAUCCUCAAUGAAUCACAUUAGCCUUCACUCAUUGAUUUUAAAAUUGAUAAUCAAAAUUCAAUGUAAAAUAUUCAUAGUUCAUUUUCUGUGAUCUUGAUGAUUUCUCAAAAUAUCCAUUGGGUAAGCACAUGAAGAAUCAGUUUGUUUAGCAUAGAUUUUUCUUAGAAUCGAACAAUCGAAUCAUUCAGCACCUAGCUAUAAAUCAUAGAUUAAAAUCCAAGAAACUGCUGAUUUAAAAUUUUUAAUAUGUUGUUUAACUUAUCUUCACUCUAUCUGAACAUUUGUAACACACACACUAUUUGUACUACUUGAUCAAAAGGUGACUUUACCUCUGGUUACCAUCUCUCAUUAAAAGUUAUCCUCAAAGAAAUUUGUUGUUGUUGUUUGAGUGAAGUUUAUGAUCUAAAUGUUUAUCAGUAACAAUCAUAUAAUGUGAUUUUACUUUGAUAAUUUCACAUGUAAAUAAAUUGAGUUUAUAUUUAUCAUCUUGUGUUAGACUAUUUGAUUGUAUGUUAAAUCUCUUUUUCCACAAUAAAAUAAACUUUUUUUCUUUAUUUUAUAGUUAUUGUUAUACAAAUUGAAAUCAUAUUUAUACAAGAUUAUACAUAUGAAAAUUCAAUAAAAAUUAUAUAUUAAAAUCAAACUGAUAAGAAUUUUACCUCGUGUCCGACGUGGACAACAUCCAGUACCAGUUAAUCGAAAUGAAUAAGCUGAACUUGGCAAAUUAUCUAAUCGGCUAGCCAUUGGAUAUAAGAAAAAUGGAUAAACAAUUAAACCAAAUAGAACUGAUAAUCCCACUUCUAUAUAAAAUCCAUCUAAUUGUGUAACACAUGUUCCAUGAAGAGUUUCACAGGCCUAAAGAAGAAAAUUAACACAAGACUAAUAAAUAUUGCUUUAUCUGUUACAAAUUUUACACUUAAACAAACGAUUGUUUUAACCGAGUCGACACACUACGGAAAAAUCAGUUAGAUAAAUAGUUUCAACGAAUGGGCUUCCAUUAAUUCAGUUUGACCUAGUACACAUUUCAACAUUUAUCCACGCUUCUAGUUGACAAAUUUAAAACUUGUCGUGUAUAAGCUGUACGUAUAACUAAAAAAAAUUAGAAAGAACCGCUCUGAUGGAAAAUGGUUUUCCUCCCGAAAAUGAGAACUUAACUAAGAUAUUCUUCAUGAACAUUAGGUUCAAAGAUGAUAUGUCAGUAGAGAUCAUGAAAAGCCGAUUGUUGAGAUCUUUAAGAAAGACAUAUUCAGACGAGCUACAAAGUGCUUUUCAUAAAAACCUGAUCCGAAGGUAUAGCAAGGAUUAACUAGAAGUUUAUGUUACCUCAUUAUGAAUCUAUCAGUUGACUUUCUCUUAUUAACUAGGUUAUGGUGGUUGCUUUCCCUUUGCAAUGGCACACUCAAACAUUAUGUUAUAUAGCUAUCUAGUAAUUAUUUACAAAGUCAAGCAAACUGGUUCGGAGAGAGCCCGUGUUAGAAACCUGUGCAUAACAAUGGCUUAAAAAUUCAUUAGGACAAUCUUGUUCUCUUUAUUCAGAGGCAACAAGCCAAAUCCCUUAUUUCCCUCUGCAUUUAAUCCUGCUUUAAAUGCCAUAGCUUUUCAUCACUAAGCUUUUGUUUCUCCAUUGUAUCCGUCAAGUGGACAAGUAUAUUUUAUAGCUCUUCAUACAAUAACUCCACAUCAUUGUAUCUCGUUACCUUUGAGCUAUUACGUAUCCACUCAAUAAUGGGAAGUUUUCCUCACAUUUUGAUAGCUUUGUUAAUGACCUUAAUAUUAGUAUUAUUCGUAACUAAGGCUAAAUAAAAUAGUUAUAUUCAACAAAAUUAUUUAAUACAUGGAGAACACAGUUCAACUAUCUGAGUACUCGGUAUGAGGGUUUGCGGAAAUUUGAGUGUUAUUGAUAUCACAAACCGACUUAAGUUGGAUAACCACUUAAAGCCAGGAAGUAUUAGACAGCUUUUUAGUUGUAGUAUCGGACAUCUAAUCUGUGCACAUCCACGACCUCACCACAGUGGACUGAACGUAGGACUUUUUCCAGGAUGUGCGAGCACUCAACCUUUAAACCACUGAGCCGGCUACCAACUGGUUAUAUGUUUAACUUCAUGUUCCCAAAAAUCUUCAGCAACCUUCACAACCUCUAUACUGAAAAUUAUUGAUUACCUCUUGCUAACUAAUCAUUCUGGUAAAAUGAUCUUCAUAAACAAUUACUAUUCGAUGUUCUAAUAUAUUUUAUGAUUAGUUUAUUAUGAAAGGCAACUUAAAAAACAGAACAGAAUUCUUUAUUUAUUAUAGAAUUAUUCAAAUUAAUUUAUAACUUAAAUAAAAAUGACUUCUUUUUGAAUAAUGAAACACACUUACUUUAAUUCCAUGGGGUAGUUUACAUGUUGCAUUAUAUUGUUGGACUAAUUUAUCUUUAUCAAAAAAUGUAUAACUAUUGUUAUAAUUAUCAUUAUUGGUUGUGUUAUUCAAUAAUGAAUUAUUUGAAUUGAUACCUUGAAUAAUUGUUUGAUUGAAUUCUUUCAAAAUACAUGCACGUUUAGUUAACGGUUCGAUUAACGAAAGGAAAGCAGUACUGGGCAAACUACCAGCUUUAAAGUGAUAAACAGAAUAAGAACAAAUUUCUACGUUCUGCAGAAGUAGUUGCUAUUUCAACCCCAACUUAUACGUUAAAAAAAACAUAUGUUUAAUUUGGAACUGCCCUGGAAAUCAACUCACUACCCUUUCUUUUUUAUUCUCUCGGUUAUAUUGAUUUGACCUCAUCUAUAUUUAACCAUAAUAAUACUUUUAUUAUUUAUUUUAGUCAAAUUUUUGUUUUUAACUUGUUAUUGUCACUGGUCUUAUUUGAAGACAAUUCAAUAAAAUGUUUGACCUUUUUUAAACAUCCAACCACUCCUGUUUUCGUCUACUUUCUGCAAAUAUUAUUUCCAUCAUUAGUAUUAUUAUUAUCAUCACUAUGAUGAUCAUUUCACAAUCCGUUUUCGGUUAUUACUAUCAGUUUCGUCAUUUUUAUCUACAGAAAUCAUAACAGUUUAUGUAUGCUUUUGCACUCGAUUACGUCAUAGUCCCCCACUCAAUGUGUUCAUGAGUAUAGAAAUUAUAUAAAGUCACUGUUCACGAACAUACCAGAUGACUUUAUAUAUGCUACACACUGAAGUAUAUUUGUGAAAACAUUUUAUUGAAUUCUAUGAUUCAAUGCACAUGAGGAAAAUAUAAAGCACAAGAAAUAGAAUGUUUAUUGUUCUU